GGGGCGGGGUCUCCGCCACCACCUUCGCAGCGGGCGGAGGAGAGAUGGCGGCCGCCGAGGGGGUCGGAGAGGCUACACAGGGUGGUGAGCCCGGUCAGCCGGAGCAGCCCCCGCCGCAGCCGCACCCACCGCCAUCCCAGCAGCAGCAGGAAGAAGGGAUGGCGGCCGAGGCCGGAGGAGCAGUGGCGUCCCCUAUGGACGACGGGUUUCUGAGCCUGGACUCGCCCACCUAUGUCCUGUACAGGGACAGAGCAGAAUGGGCUGAUAUAGAUCCAGUACCACAGAAUGAUGGCCCAAAUCCAGUGGUCCAGAUCAUCUAUAGUGAAAAAUUUAGAGAUGUUUAUGAUUAUUUCCGAGCUGUUCUACAGCGUGAUGAAAGAAGUGAACGAGCUUUUAAGCUUACCCAGGAUGCUAUUGAGUUAAAUGCCGCCAAUUAUACGGUGUGGCAUUUUCGGAGAGUUCUCUUAAAGUCACUUCAAAAGGAUCUACAUGAGGAAAUGAACUACAUCACUGCAAUAAUUGAGGAACAGCCCAAAAACUAUCAAGUUUGGCACCAUAGGCGAGUUUUAGUAGAAUGGCUAAAAGAUCCAUCUCAGGAGCUUGAAUUUAUUGCUGAUAUUCUUAACCAGGAUGCAAAGAAUUAUCAUGCCUGGCAGCAUCGACAAUGGGUCAUUCAGGAAUUUAAACUUUGGGAUAAUGAGCUGCAGUAUGUAGACCAACUUCUAAAAGAAGAUGUGAGAAAUAACUCUGUCUGGAACCAAAGAUACUUUGUCAUUUCUAAUACCACUGGCUACAGUGAUCGUGCUGUAUUGGAAAGAGAAGUCCAAUACACUCUGGAAAUGAUCAAACUUGUACCACAUAAUGAAAGUGCAUGGAACUAUUUGAAAGGGAUUUUGCAGGAUCGUGGUCUUUCCAAAUAUCCUAACCUGUUAAGUCAAUUACUUGAUUUACAACCAAGUCACAGUUCCCCCUACCUAAUUGCCUUUCUUGUGGAUAUCUAUGAAGAUAUGCUAGAAAACCAAUGUGACAACAAAGAGGACAUUCUUAAUAAAGCAUUAGAGUUAUGUGAAAUCCUAGCUAAAGAAAAGGACACUAUAAGAAAAGAAUAUUGGAGAUAUAUUGGAAGAUCCCUUCAAAGCAAACACAGCAGAGAAAGUGACCUCCCAACAAAUGUACAGCAAUAACACCAUCCAGAAGAACUUGAUGGAAUGCUUUUAUUUUUUUAAGGGAUUCUAAUGAGGAAUUUGAAACUAGAUCGAUCAUUCCCUUACCUGUGGCCUAAAUAUGCAUUGCACAGGUAUUGCUUUUUAACAAGAACUAAGUGUGAUGUUCUUUGGGUGCUGCUGCUAUUCAAUUAGCUCUAAGAAAUUUGAUUCUUUUUAAAGUAAAGUAAUUGGAGGGGAGGGGGGAGAAAAAAAUGUCCUAUAAAGGAACUACCACUUUUGUAGUCUUACCAACAUUUACUCUAAUCCCUUAGCAUCAACUCUUCCCUAAAGGAUUUGUAUUAGUAAAGACUGCAGAUAACUUGUAUGUAAUGGAUUUGAGGUAACUUAAAUUUUGGUUCAGUAAGCAGGGGAAUACAGCUGUUACAUUAGAGCUGCUAUGCUACACUCACAGUAUCUUGCUUUCACUGUAACCAACUAAUGCCAAAAGAAUGUUUUUAUAAUAAAAUUACAGAUGUAUUUAAAAACAA